AUGGCCGAACCGGAUGCAAAAGCAUCGCCUACUGGCGAGGCUUCUGCCGGACCCAAGAAACCUGAGAAGCCUCCGAAUCCCGUCUGGAGGAUGAUGGGCCUGCCAAACCUCCGCUUGAGGCUCCCCUCGCGCAACUGGAUGAUAUUUCUCUCGAUUACCGGAUCAUGGACUGCGGCAGUCAUGUACGACCGUCGCCAGAAAAAGCGCAUACAACAGAAAUGGGCAACAGUUGUCGAGCACAUUGCACACGAGCCGUUGGACGUACACCAGCUGCCUCGGAAACUUACGAUAUUCCUGUCUGCACCGCCAGCAGAUGGAAUAGUACCCGCACGCGAUCACUUCCAUGAAUAUGUUAAGCCCAUUCUCGUUGCAGCGGCACUGGACUGGGACGCGGUAGAGGGCCGAAGGGAGGGCGAUGUAAGAGCUGGGUUAGCAGAGCGAAUACGGAAGCUGAGAAAGAAGAGGGGCGAAGCGACCGCUGAGCCGCUGGAACCAGGACUUGAGGAAGAGUUGGAAGGUCUAAGGCAACGAGCAGGCGUCAAUGGGUGGGAUGGACCGGGAGGAGACAUCGUCAUUGGAAGACACACAUGGAAAGAAUAUGUUCGAGGACUGCAUGAGGGUUGGCUAGGACCUCUAGAUGCUCCACCAUCAGCAGAACCGUCUGUCGAGGUACCGGUCGCUGCGGUCGAGCCCACACCUGUGUCCACCGAAACGUCCACGGACGGCACCACAUCUGCUACGGCCGAUGAUGCGUCACCCACCGCUACCGAAGCUCCCAAGCCAGAAGAUGCUGAGAAGCCUAAAGAGGAGGAGACGAAACCCAAGAAGAAGAAGCAACCGCCACCAUACAUCUCAACAGCCGAAUACCAAAACGCCGUGCUCUCCCAAAACUGCCCACAAGCACUCGGCCCCGCCGCCGUAGUACCUCUCCCCCACCUCCUUGGAUUCUUUAACUUUCCCAUCCGUAUGUACCGUUUCUUGAACAGGCGACAAGCGGCGGAUGUCAUUGGCAGGGAAACUGCCGCUGCUGUCCUUGGUGCAUACCGACCAUUUGAGACUGCAGGCGAAGCGGCUGUCACAAACGAGGAAGAUGGACACAGUAACGCACAAUGGGAGCAACAACGAUUGCUCUCUCAUGAAGAGCCAGAUUGGUCCAAGACUGCACGAAAGCGUGAAGAAGGUGAGACCAAGGAGAGGGUAUGGCUAGACGAAAUGGUGCUGGACCCGAGAAUUGCUGAGCGCAUGCGAAAGUUUGCACUAGAUGCCGAGGUUGAAGCGCGCGCAAACAGCGUGUCUCUCUCAUCAGAAGGAUCAUGGUUCAGCUCGGUGUGGCCGAAGGAGAAGCCCAAGGGUGCUUGGGAAGGAUUGAGCGACGAUUAA